CACAGACCGCCGCGCGCGCAGCACCAAUGAUCCUGCCCGCUCGCGCCAUGUCGCCGCACGGCGUCUACCACCCUCCUGCGCAUCCCCACGAAGAAGAACCCGUCUCCAGGACAUACCAAUACAGAAAAGUGAUGAAACCAAUGCUUGAGAGGAAAAGGCGAGCCCGCAUCAACCGAUGCCUCGACGAACUCAAAGAUCUUAUGGUCACCGCGCUGCAAGCGGAAGGAGAAAACGUCUCAAAGUUGGAAAAAGCUGACAUCCUAGAACUAACAGUCCGCCAUCUUCACAGCCUGAAACGGCGAGGACAGUUAGUGUUGAAACCCGAAAUGUCAUACGCGGAGCGAUUCCGGGCCGGAUUUACGCAGUGCGCUACUGAAGUGUCACAGUUUAUUGCGAACGCCACUUUGGCGGCGAACGCGAUGCAACGCCAAGGACCGGUGGAUCCUCAAGCUGGUGCGAGAUUGCUACAGCAUUUGAGUAACUGCAUAAGGAGAUUGGAGAGUACACAGGCGCAGCAGCCGGUUCCCAAUGGCGUGGCAAGGCCGACGCCGUUGCAACCGAUUGCGCCUGCGCCUCCUCCACAGCCGAUUCCUCAAGUUAUACCCCAACAGCCAGUCCAGAGGACUUCGUUGCCAGAAAGAGGUGCGAAGCGGUCAGCAGAGCCUAUAGACGCGGAAGCGACGCUCGCUAAGCGUGCGUACGCGCCGCCUUCGCCGCCACACAGCCCCGCCUCCGAAACAACCGACUCCGCCCAGUCGAUGUGGAGGCCCUGGUGACCGCUUCAGCCUUCGCGAUCUCACCCUCAUACGGAACAUUCCAAUAUCAUUCCCUUUACCGCAGUGUGUGAAAGUGAUAAACAAAACUUUUUCGAUCGGAAUAAUUGUGAUUUCGGG